CCCCAACGCUUUUUCCUUUCCUUCGCCAGCGGCUUCCUCUCUUCUGCGGCCGCGCGCGAUCUCCACACCUCCCCUGCGGAGGCAAGGAAGGAGAGGCGCCCCUCCACACGCGGAGCAGAAGAGAGCCAUGGGCCUCCAGGUCGCGGCCGUCGCGCCAUCCCCGUGCGCGCGCUCCUCCGCCUCGUCUUCGCCGCCCUCGACAUCCUCCUCGCGUCCCGCCCUCGGCGGUGCGGGGCUCGCGAGAUCCCGCGCCCCGGUUAAUUGGGGCGCCGGUGUUAUGGCGCGGCGCCGCGGGUUGCGGCAGCCGGCGAGGUGCGCCCUGAGCGCCAGUUUGGAUGGCGUGGGGGGCGGGGACGCGGAGUUCUUGCGGCGGAUCGAGGAGCUCGCGGCGGCGGUGGGUGUGCAGCCCACGGGUUGCGGGUGGCCGGCGAGCGUGGAGCGCAGCGCGAGCAGCGCCGGGAUGCCUCUGUCGCUCCGGAUGCUGAAGCGGAAGAAGCAGCAGCAGCAGCUGGUGGCGCGGCAGACGCGGUGGGACGAGCGGCUGCUGGGCUCCGCCGGCGACUCGGUGGGGCGCGCCUUCUCGUCGAUGGUGCUCAUCGUGCGGGAGCUGCAGAGCUUCGCGCUGCAGCAGAUGCGGGAGGCAAUGCUGGGCGACGACCUGCAGAGCGUCCUGGCGCGAGUCCAUGGCGAGAUGCACGCCUCCUUCGUCUGGCUCUUCCAGCACAUCUUCGCCGGCACCCCGGCUCUCAUGGUCUCCCUCAUGCUCCUCCUCGCCAACUUCACCGUCCACUCCAUGGGUCACAGUGUCGCCGCCGCCGCAGCCAUCCCUCCCGCUCCACCUACCUCCGCGGCUGUCGCGGUGGUCGACACCCAGCACGCCGACCCAUCCCUCCCGCGGUUCGACGCGGCCUCGGUCAAGACGUUCUCUAUUGGGCGUGCCGCCUCGGUCGGCGGGAGCAGCGGCGGUGGCGGGAAGGUUCGGCCCGUCGCGGGCGCCACUGGCGACGACCGGUGGGACGAAUCCCUAGCUCGGCUGAGCGGUGUCGCGCCGCAGCAACCAGCGCCGCCGGCGGGAACGGGAGCUGGUAUGGCCGUGGACGAGCAGGCCAUCUGGGAAAGGAUGGUGGCGGAGGCCUCGAACAUGCAGGAGAACGCGCGUGCAGAGGAGCUGAGCGACCCGGACGUGCUCGGCAACCUCGUCGCACCGGUGGAGGCGGAGAUCGAGACGGAGGGCCACGCUGAGUACACGCGGACGGAGCAGCGGUACGAGCUCGCCGUGUCCGAGGAGCCCAAUAACCCGCUCAUCCUGGCCAACUUCGCGCAGUUCCUCUACCUCGUGCAGAACGACCACGACCGGGCGGAGCAGUACUUCGAGAGGGCGGUGCGCGCGGAGCCGGCGGACGCGGAGGCGCUGAGCCGGUACGCGACGUUCCUGUGGAAGGCGAGGAACGACCUCGCGGCGGCGGAGGACACCUACCAGGAGGCCAUCGCGGCCGACCCCGGCAACGCGCACCAUGCCGCCGCCUACGCGCAUUUCCUCUGGAACACCGGAGCAUGCGCGGGGGCGGCCACGCGGCGAGACGCCUAGAGCACACGACGACAUGGGCGGCGGAGUGGAGCUGACGCAUGAUGCCUUCCGUUUACUUAGGUAGGUUGAGUAGAGGUGUGCGUGGGCAGUGGAGUGAGUUGUGAGCUUGUGAGUUGUGUGAUACGGGAGAGCGCGCGGUGCCGCUUCUCCCGUUCCACAAAUCCGGCGACGGGAGCAUUUCGCCGGGAAUGAGGAAGAGGACGGAUACGGGGAUGCAAGCUCAUUUCCCGACGAUCUUGUCGGCAGGGGUACGGUGGCGUGGAUGGAUGGAUGGUGUAUAGCAACUUGCGUCCUGUAAUUAUGUAGAUUGAGCAAAAAGAAUAAUAGUACUAAGUGAAUAAAGAGGUCAUGUUAAUCUCGGUGUAAUCCUCCUCGGAUCUAAUGCAUUUCUGCUUCCAGUUGGUACUUCCA